AAGGCCCCAAGUCACUACAUGCUGACAAGCUGGAACCCCAGCCUCGCCAUGCUGCCGGGCCAGCACCUGCCCUUGUGGGCAAAGCCAGCCUUGGAAGCACUAAAGAAAAUCAGCCUCGUGGGCCCAGAGGAGCUCAGCUGUUUGGGAUCAGCCGGGCCGCCGCGGAUAAAGCGCGCUGUGGAUAAAGGGCAACUGCACCCUUCCGUGGCCAUGGAGCGGGCGCCCUGCCUGGAGCUUUAUUUGGACCAGUGCGCCACCCAGGAUGGCCUUGUCCCAGCCUUGUCUCCUCUGUUCAGCCCAUUUGUGCCCUAUGAUGUGUAUACACCUAAUCCAUCCAAUCCAGAGAUGACUUUGGAGUCGCAUCUUGAAGAAAUCAAAGAAACAUCUGAUGAUUUCUCCUCUGUGGAUCUUAUCUUCCUGCCAGAUGAACUGACUCAAGAAAAUAGAAACCACACUGUCAUUAAAAGCCAGCAUGAAACUGAAGAAAAUAGCAGAACUCAAAAUCAUCAAAAUAAAUUGCCAUUACUUAGCAAACAGGAUGUUGAGCUGGGCUUUCAAGGCAGCAGUUUAUCAAAUCCCCAAGCACACCUGUGCCCGGGUCCCGCUGACUCUGCCCUGCCCUCACCUGAAAACCCAAGCCCCCACACCUUGCCACUGUCCAUCGCCCCCAUGACACCAGUGGCCCCAGCCUCGGAGUGCUCCGGCAUUGUGCCUCAGCUGCAGAAUAUAGUUUCCACUGUGAACCUGGCCUGUAAAUUGGAUCUGAAGAAAAUAGCUUUGCACGCCAAAAAUGCAGAAUAUAACCCGAAGAGGUUUGCUGCUGUCAUCAUGAGGAUCCGAGAGCCCAGAACUACAGCCCUCAUCUUCAGUUCUGGGAAAAUGGUCUGCACGGGAGCCAAAAGUGAAGAACAGUCUCGGCUGGCAGCAAGAAAGUAUGCUCGUGUGGUGCAGAAGCUGGGCUUCCCUGCCAGAUUCCUCGAUUUUAAAAUUCAGAACAUGGUUGGAAGCUGCGAUGUGAGGUUUUCCAUCAGGCUGGAGGGCCUGGUGCUCACUCACCAGCAGUUCAGCAGGGCAGUGCCUUCUCCUCCUGCGUGGUGUACAUUCUGUUUGGCAUCUUCCGGAAGAGUCCUGAUCACCACUGAGUCCUGAACACCUGUGGAGCCACAUGACCUUCUGCCUUGAUGAAUUCUGUGAAUUCUUGUCUGACUCUGUCUGCAGGGGCCCUGUCAGAACUGGAAUCCUCACCAUGUCUUAUCACACAGUGCAUGCCACUUCUCCUGUGGAGUUUACUGAACUAUCCUCAGUUGGUUCUAAAUUCAUUACUUGUUGCACAUGUAGGAGGUUUUCUUGCAGUAAAUUCUCUGCAAUUUCCUGGCUUUUUCACAGAUCCUAGCCUCGCUAAGGCUAUCACCUGCCCGCUGUUUCUCAUUCAACCACAGUGACAAAAGUUUUCCAUCUCUUACAGCACUUAGGUCCUCUGCUGGGUUAAGAUCAUUGCUCCUUUUGCCACCUCAGCUCCUUGAUGGCAUCUUUACUCUUCAAAUUAGUUGCAACUGUCAACUUUGCUAUCUUGUACUCUGAGACCAGUUCAGGCACGUGAAUAUCAUACUCAUGCUUUUCUAUAAUUUCUUCCUUCAGUUCAAUUAUUAUUUUCUUUAAAACCUUCUUACCAUUCUUGCUCUGCACUCUCUUGUCACCUUCAUUACUGCUAUGCUCUUUCUUUUUACCACCGUAUUUGCCCUGCACUUUCUUUGGUACCUGCUGGAUUGAAUAACACCAUACAGAAUUGUAUGUGCUAACCCCCCUCUCCCCACACACAAGCCUCACAGCAAGUGCACAGGUCUGUGUGUGACCAUAAUGUCAACUGGAGGAAGCUAUGACCAUGUGUCAGAGUGGGGAAGACGGCUCUGAUCAUGUGUCACCUGAUGGGGAAUUUGGAAAUGGAAGCAAAUGUGCCAAAUGCUUCUGUUAGCAAACUGAAUUGUUUGUGGAUGGAAGACUUCAUGAGUUGAGGCAGUACUGUAUAAAAAUCUCUUUGGUGUGCAUUUCAGCAUACACUAAGGGUGUGUCCUUUUGCCUGUGUCCCAAGUUGUGGUCACCUUUGCUAGUAUGGGAGGGGAUAUGAAGUGCCAUUGGUCCAGCACCCAACACUUGAAGAAUGGACUGCAGUAUUUUAAUGUCAUGAAGGGCAUUAGCAUACAGAGAAAACUUAUUAAUAGCAAUGAUUAUGCAUCGUGGGAAAUAUCAAAUAAAUCAGCAGCAGUAAUAUUGUCCAAGACAAACUAGAUAUUGACAUACCAUAGAAGCCAAGCUGAAUGUUUAGUUCAGCAGCACAAGUGUUUGCCUAGGAAGCAUGAAGUCACAAGUUUGAUCCCCUGUAUAUAUACAUAAAAAAGGCAAUAAAUGUAUCACCCUGAACUUUAGAAAAGAAACCUACAAUUAUAGAAUAAAC